AUGGCCGCGCUCAGCGCCUUCGCGGCGCCCUCUGAUUGGCGGGCGCGCGGGGCAGCGGGGGCGUUGCGCGCGCUGUCUCAUCUCAGCCACAAGCGGCGCGGUCCUGGCGGAGACGCCCCGGGGAGCGGUAUUUUCUCGGGUCAGCCGGGAGCGGGACGUGGCCGGGUUGGGGUCCUGGUGACCGGAGCAGAGGCAGGACGGGGCGGGGGACUGGAGGCAGGUGUACGUUCGGGAGCGGCCCGGGCUCCGAGGUCGUCCCGGGUCUCGCUGGCGACUCCGAGCCCGCCGCCGCGGACGCCUCCGGAGCUGCGUUGCCCGGGGGACCGCGGAGUGGACACUGUUCAGUUACUGGCCGAUGUCCAGAUUCAGCCAGGAGGAGAGUGUUCAAAGAGCUGGAGCUGUGACUUCACCUCGUGUGGGGGCCUUAUAUGCCAGCUGAGGGGAGUGAUGGGGCUCCACGACGCGGGUGAGGCUCCUCCGACACUUUGGGGAGAUGCAACCAACAUCCACCGCCACGGGCAUCCUCGACCGCCAGAGGGCGCCCGUACCUCAGGCUUCGCUCAAAACGCCCGCUGCCAGAUGAUGUGCUCCACAGCAGAGGCAGCCGCCCUGGAGUGGAAGCUGCUGGAGGAUUAUCGCUUUGGGCGGCAGCAGCUAGUGGAGUUGUGCGGUCAUGCUAGUGCUGUGGCUGUGCCCAAGGUGUUCCCCUUGCCUGCUCUCUCCUGGAAGCAGAGGACGGUGCUGGUCGUGUGCGGCCCAGAGCAGAAUGGGGCAGUGGGGCUGGUCUGUGCCCGGCACCUGCAGGUGUUUGAGUACGAGCCAACCAUCUUCUACCCAACAUGCUCGCUGGACCUACUGCACUGGGACCUGACCACCCAGUGCAAGAAGAUGGACAUCUCCUUCCUGUCCUACCUGCCCUCGGAGGUUCAGCUCAUUAACGAUGCCUAUGGGCUGGUGGUGGACUCCAUCCUGGGCCCUGGCGUGGAGCCCAAUGAGGUUAGGGGCCCCUGCACCCGUGCACUUGCCACAGUGAAGCUGCUGUCCAUCCCACUUGUGAGCCUGGACAUCCCCCUCAGGCAUUUCCCAGGCUGGGACGCGGAGACGGGCGGCCACGCGGAAGACGGGCUGCGGCCCGACGUGCUGGUGUCGCUUGUGGCACCCAAGCGCUGCGCUGGCCGCUUCUCCGGGCGCCACCACUUCGUGGCCGGCAGGUUUGUGCCCAACGACGUGCACCCCAAGUUUGCUCUGCCCCUGCCGGGGUACACGGGCACCGACUGCGUCACGGCGCUGUGA